GGCGCCGUGGGGCCGGGCGCAGUGCGCGGCCGGGAGGAGCCGCGGGCGGCGCCGCUCGCUCGGUGCCCGGUGCGCGGUGCGCGGAGCCCGGUGCGCGGAGCGCGGCCCGCCAUGAACAGCAUCAAGAGCGUCCCGGCGCGGGUGCUGAGCCGCCGAGCGGGGCACAGCCUGGAGGCGGAGCGGGAGCAGUUCGACAAGAACCAGGCCAUCAGCAUCAGCAAGGCCAUAAAUACGCAAGAGGCACCGGUGAAGGAGAAACAUGUGCGCCGGAUCAUCCUGGGGACGCACCAUGAGAAGGGGGCCUUCACCUUCUGGUCCUAUGCCAUCGGGCUGCCCCUGCCCAGCAGCUCCAUCCUCAGCUGGAAGUUCUGCCACGUCCUGCACAAAGUCCUGCGCGAUGGCCACCCCAACGUCCUCCAGGACUGCCAGCGGUACCGCAGCAACAUCCGCGAGGUGGGAGACCUGUGGGGCCAUUUGCACGACCGCUACGGGCAGCUGGUGAGCAUCUACACGCGGCUCCUCCUCACCAAGAUCUCCUUCCACGCCAAGCACCACGAGUUCCCCCCGGGCCUCGAAGUGUCGGAUGAGGUGCUGGAAAAGACGGCGGGGACGGAUGUGAAUAACAUCUUCCAGCUGACGGUGGAGCUGUUUGACUACCUGGACUGCGAGCUGAAGCUGUCAGAGUCAGUUUUCCGGCAGCUCAACACCUCCAUGGCGCUCUCGCAGAUGUCGGCGGUGCAGUGCCGCCUGGCCCCCCUCAUCCAGGUGAUCCAGGACUGCAGCCACCUCUACCACUACGCCGUCAAGCUCAUGUUCAAGCUGCACUCCUGUCUGCCAGCUGACACGCUGCAGGGCCACCGUGACCGCUUCCACGAGCAGUUUCGCAGCCUCAAAAGCUUCUUUAAGAAAGCCUCCGACAUGCUGUAUUUCAAGCGGCUCAUCCAGAUCCCCCGGCUGCCAGAGAGCCCCCCAAAUUUCUUGCGGGCGUCCGCACUGGCAGAGCACGUGAAGCCGGUGGUCGUCAUCCCCGAGGAAGCCCCCGAGGACGAGGAGCCGGAGAACCUCAUCGAGAUCAGCACAGCUUCCACCACAGAGCCCCAGAUCACCUCGGAUAUAUUUCAGCAAACCUUCGGGCCACCCAACGGCAUUCGGGAUGACAGGGACGCGCAGAUCGAGAGCCUGAAGAAGGAAGUGGACACGCUCCGCGCGGAGAUGGAGAAGAUUAAGCUGGAGGCGCAGCGGUACAUCACGCAGCUCAAGGCGCAGGUAAACAGCCUGGAGGGCGAGGUGGAGGAGCAGCGCAAGCAGAAACAGAAGGCGCUGGUGGACAACGAGCAGCUCCGGGACGAGCUGGAGAGGCUGCAGCAGGUGAAGCAGGACAGCGACCGGUCCCUGCGGCUCUGCGCCGAGGCAGAAAAGAAAGCCAACGCCACCGAGAUUCGCUACACGAAGCUGAAGGAGAAGCACAGCGAGCUCAUCAACACCCACGCCGAGCUCCUGAGGAAGAACGCUGACACGGCCAAGCAGCUGACGGUGACGCAGCAGAGCCAGGAGGAGGUGGCGCGAGUCAAGGAGCAGCUGGAGUUUCAGGUUGAGCAGGUCAAGCGGGAAGCAGAGAUGAAGCUAGAGGACCAGAGCGUGCAGAUGGAGCAGCUGCGGCGGGAGCUGGACGCCAGGCGGGACGAGCUGGACCAGGCGCAGUGCUCGCUCAGCCACGCCAAGCAGGCAGGCACGGAGCUCAGCGCCCAGGUGGAGACCCUGCAGGCUGAGAAGGAGCAGCUGAGGCGCUCAGUGAGCGAGAAGGAGCGCGAGCUGCUCUCCACUCGCAGCCUUGUCCAGGAGAAGGAGCUGCAGCUGAGCCAGGAGGCCGACAAGGCCAGCAGGGAGAUCUGCGAGCUGCAGGGCAAGCUCCUGGAGAAGAGCAACCAGGAGCAGAGCCUGCAGCAGAAGCUGCUGGACGAGCAGUUCGGCAUCCUGCAGGAGGCGGUGCGGGAGGCCGAGGGCAUCCUCCGCGACGCGGUGGCCAAGCUGGAUGACCCGCUGCAUGUCCGCUGCACCAGCUCCCCAGAUUACCUGCUCAGCCGUGCAGAGGCGGCGCUGGAGUCCACGGAUGCUCUGGAGAGCGGGCACGCGCAGUACGUGGCCUCCAUGGCAGAUGCUGCAGCACUGGUGGGGGCUCUGGCUCUCUUCACACACCUAACAGCUGACACCAUCGUGAACGGCAGUGCCACGUCCCACCUGGCUCCCACCGACCACGCUGACCGGCUGACGGAGACGUGCCGGGACUGCGGGCAGCGGAGCCUGGACUACCUGGGCGAGCUGAAGGACAAGCAGACGCUGGGGCGUGCUGAGCUGGGGGACGUGCGGCGGGCGCUGCGAGGUGUCCUGGGGCUGGCCCAGGAGCUGAGACCGAAAAGCUUGGACAUCAAGCAGGAAGAGCUAGGGGACAUGGUUGAGAAGGAGAUGGCCUCCACCUCUGCGGCAAUUGAAGACGCUGUCAGGCGGAUAGAGGAGAUGAUGAGCCGGGCCAGGAACGAAAGCUCUGGCAUCAAACUCGAAGUGAACGAGCGGAUUCUGAACUCCUGCACGGACCUCAUGAAGGCCAUUAGACUUCUUGUAAUGACAUCCACGAACUUACAGAAGGAAAUAGUAGAGAGUGGCCGGGGGGCAGCAACAACUCAGGAGUUUUACGCCAAGAACUCGCGCUGGACUGAAGGGCUGAUCUCUGCCUCCAAGGCGGUGGGCUGGGGAGCCACGCAGCUCGUAGAAUCAGCAGACAGAGUUGUCCUGCACACAGGCAAAUACGAAGAACUGAUCGUCUGCUCCCAUGAAAUCGCUGCCAGCACGGCUCAGCUGGUAGCUGCCUCCAAGGUGAAAGCCGAGAAGAGCAGCAGAAACUUGGGCAAGCUCCAGGAGUGCUCACGCAACGUCAACGAGAUGGCUGCCAACGUGGUGGCUUCCACCAGGACAGGGCAGGAGCAGAUCGAGGAGAAAGACACCAUGGACUUUUCAGGCAUGUCCCUCAUCAAGCUGAAGAAGGAAGAAAUGGAGACACAGGUGAAGGUGCUGGAGCUGGAGAAGUGUCUGGAGGGCGAGCGGGUGCGCCUAGGUGAGCUGAGGAAGCAGCACUACGCCUUGGCUGGCGCCUACGACGCGGCGGAGGACGGGGAGGCCAGGCCGGCGCCGGCCCCCAGGCGAGGCAUCCUCAAGAAGCCAGCCCUGGCCCAGAAACCCGGCCACGUCCUGGGGCCGGACAGGGAGGUAGGGCCCUCAGAAGGGGGACACGGGGCUGGGGCCACAUUUGUGCCGUGAUCUUUGGCUUUGUCCCCUCUCGUUGCAGCCCGAGCAAGACACCAGCCUGCACCGGGCGCACGCUGUCAACUUCUAGUGGGACUGAGGGGACGGAGCUGGGGCCCAGCCCCGGGCUGGGGGCAGCCACAGCAACGCUCUUAUGUCUGUGUUUUAAACAGAUCGCCUUGCCUCUGCACUGGUGUGCCUUCGUGUGCGGGGGGUCUCCUCCCUGCCUGGCCUCAGAAACUGGAUUUUUUUUUUUUUUUAAAUUGACUUUUUUUUUUUUUUCACUCAAUUCCUCUCAGUAGAGUUGUUGGGGUCCUGCAGCUCCCCAAGCAGUGCAGGAUGCCGUCCUUGUGGCCUGCUGAGCAGCUCGCCCAGUUUAAUUUAAUUUGGGAUUCUUUUGGGUUGAUUUUUAUUUUUUAUCAGCACUAGACAUUUUCAGUAAAUGUAGCGCUCUACUGUACUGCUUAGACCCUUUCAAAGAACUGUGAAAUGUUUUUAAAGUAGGAAAUUGCUGGGCUUUUCUUGCAACUGUUUUUUUAAAUUCCCCUUUUUCAGGAAUAAUUUGACUUUGUUUUAGCGUGGGAUCAGCUCUCAGCAGAGAAGGGGAAUUUAGCUUUAACAGGCGUGAGGAACGUUUUGUAAGGGAAAAAGCAGGUAUUGACACACUGGCAAUAAGGAUACAAACAUUUUUAUUUCCUUUUCUAUUUUUUAUUACUAGAGCAACAGCAGGGGAUCAGUUGCAUUAUGUUUUAUAUGUAAGAUAAUUAGCAGAAUUAAACCUAACUGUGGCCUGUGGGAGCCAGGGGACAUUAAACGUGGCGAAGUCUGCAGCAAUAAGGAAACACUGAUGGGAAGCGAUGGGGGGCAGAGGAAACGUAAUCAGCUGUAUCUUCUCUUUGAACUACUACCACGAUGUAGAUUAUUAAAGCAGCAAUAUUUAAAUGAGGUGUGGUGCUUGGGCAGCAGCUGGGGUUGGCACUAAAGGGGUGCUCCAGCAGGUGCCAAAUUGCAGGGCAGCGCUCGCUGAGGUGCCUGCUGGUGGGGAAAUGCCUCGGAGGCGUUCAGUGAUGGUGCAUGGGUGGGAUGGGUGGGACAUGGCUGUGAGCUGCCCCUCUGGGCACACCUGGGCAGGAACAAGACACCGUGAAGGGUUUUGAGCCAUGGUGGCUUUGUGGCGGACCAUACGUGUGAUGAAAGCUGUGGCUGGAGGCACAGGGCCGGGCACCUGCACCCAGGGCUUGCUGCCGGCUGCAGGGCACCCGCCCAAAGUCAACAGGGAAGUUUUUGGCAAACCUAAGGGUUACUGACAAUUUAUUUGAAAUUGCUUCCGCUUUCUUCAGCCCCGGGAGGACAGGAAGGAGAUGUUUCAAGGAAUCUCAUUUAUUCUGCAGGGCUGAGUUUCACUUCAGCUCCUGGCGCAGCUCAGAUGCACCAGUGAAUGUGGAUACCUGAAGCAAAGACACCCACGCGAGGGUGAGCACAGCACCCAUGUAGAUAAGAGGAGCACCUUGAGGGGCCCUUUAAAAAAAUAAUUAUCUAGAGUCAACAUUUUCAUCCAGUUCCUCAUGACACUAAGACAAUUAUGAUAAAAUUUCAUACAAGCCCCAGUACAAAGCAUGUAGUUCACAUGAUUAACAAUAGGCUGUAAACGUGUUUGUUAAAAUUACAGCUUGCUAUAUCUAAAGAAUGAAACCUUUACAAGGCGUUUUAUUAUUCAAUGUUGUAGCCGCCUCUUGAAGACCUGAGCUUUCUGAGGUCGCACAUCACAAAACAGAUGUUACCAGGUUAUGAACAACCAACCCUGGCAGCGUGGUGAGCUGCAAUUCUCAUUUCCCAACCCAUCAUACCCAAAAAGAAGAGAGCCCAUAUCUUGAAAACGGGCUUUGGUCUUAAAUACUGGUGUCACUGGGCAAGACAAGCAGCUAGCUGAAUCCUGCAAGCUACAGCGAGUGCUUCUCCAGCCCGACAAGGCGCAUCGUUCCUUGGAAGGCAAGGAGAACCUUUUAUCUGGGGCAGCACUGGAGGAGAGGCUUUAAUUUAUUGGGUGACCAAUAAAUACCACACCGUGCUGUCACGUUACAGCAAUGACCGUGGCCAGCCCCGUACUUCUAAGUUCCGUUUCUUUCUGAAACCCUUUCUCUUCACACAAGGAAGUGCUUGCUGCAGUAGCUUGCAGUCUAUUUAUAGGCGGUGAUAAAGCUGUAUUUGCUGGGAGACUGACGUCAUCCUGACCACUCACACCAGCACAUCUCAUAAUGGAAAUAUUGAUUAAUCAAGAAUGCUAACUUUUAAAUUGUGCUACCGUAAAUCUAGCCACAGCUCUAUUUAAAGUUUAAAGAAUUCAAAAGCAAAGUGAUAUUGGCUUUAAAAGCAGUCCUAUGGGUGAAUGGAACUUGUUCAACAACACUGCUGUUUCAUUAUGAUUUACUUAAAUCAAUACUUGCAGAGGCUGCAGGUAAAGUGACCCUUGCAAGCAUGUACAAAGUCAAAAAAAAAUAACAGCAGAAACCAGCCCCAAAUGCCACUUAAAACAUAACUUAUAUUCUAAAGUAGUUUUAUAUCAAAAUUAAGCUUGUUGUCCAUUCUAAGACUUCCUCAAUUGCCAUACUUUUUGGAAAGUAUGUGCUAGUCAUAGCAGCCAUUAAAAAAAUAAACCACACCACAAAACGUCUA